AUGUCAAUAGUGGGAGCAAUUAACCUGGUGCUGCCCAAGACUGAGGUGCAUUUAGCUGGUUCCAGCAUAGAUGGGCAACUGGUUCUGAACCUCAGCAGUUCCCUGAAGGAGCCUGUUGUGAAGGUGGAGCUCGAGGGAAGAGGCUACUUGAGGUGGCUUGAGGAGGAUAAUCCUGACCUGGACUAUGAGAAGACUACAGCUUACACCAACAAGGCUGUCUACAUCUACGCAUCUAAGAUUUUCCACAUAGAAGACGGCUGCGUAGAUUCUGGGGUCCACACCUUUGACUUCCACUUCAGCCUUCCUCCAAGUAUUCCCUCCACAUUCACCAGCAAAAUUGGCAGCAUCUCCUACUUUGUUAAAGGGACUUGCUGCAGCCACCAGACUGUCUUAGCCCGAGAAGAGAGACAUUUACUGUUGCAAGGAGCUGCUGGUGACUGCAGAAGACAUGUGAAAGACAAGGCCUCACUGGUGAUGGAAGCUAGGAAGGAUGUAGUUUAUUUCUGCUGCUUCAGUCGUGGCUUUGUGAUCCUUCAGAUUUCCCUGGAAAAAAACAUAUUUUGUCCUGGAGAAACCAUUGUCUUUGUAACAGAUAUUGCAAACAGGACACCCAGGCAUGUUAGAAAGGUUGUUUUUGCUGUGCACUGCAUCGUCCGGUAUAGUGGCUUCAGCAGCAGGGGAGAACAACGCUACUUGGAAGACCAAAGCGAAGUGACAAGGUUGGAGUCCCAGACAAAUGUGGUUCCCUUUGAGGAUAAGAAAUUUACCAAUGCACUGGUUCUGCCAAAACCCCUGCCUGUCACCAGCACUCUCCAGGAAAAUAAAAUAAUGGCAUUCAGGUAUGAGCUGGUAGGCACCUCUGACCUUCCUUGUACCACAUCCACCAUUGAGGGAAGGGUGCCCAUCAUCAUAGAAGCCACAAAGGAACAUUCCUCUGUGGAGCACAGCAGCACGACUCUGCAAGAAAAUGAAGGUGACAUCUCAAAUGGGGUAAACCUUCACAGAGACAUUUCUGAGACUGGCCCAGGAGCAACUGCCAGUGGAUUCACAAAAUAA